AUGAUUGAGUUAUGCAAUAAUCGUAUUGCUUUCGUGUUUGUUUUCAACAAUGGCCGUGAAAUGAUCAAUCGAUAUUCUGUCAGCAUAUCCGAUUCGGAUGUGGAAAAUUUCAUAGUAUCGGAUGAGAAGCAAAAAAUUAAAGACAUAUUAAUUAAUUUGUGUAAAACAUUUGAUGUGAUUAUAUCGACAGGUGGGACGGGUUUCUCACCACGCGAUAUUACUCCUGAAGCGACACAAGAUGUUAUUGAAAAAAGAUGUGGCGGAUUAGAAACAGCGCUUCAUAUGCAUUCACUUCAAGCUACACCAUAUGCUGCAUUAUCACGGUUAUGUGCAGGUAUCCAUGGUUCUACACUAAUUGUUAACCUACCCGGAAGUCCGAAGGCUGUUAAGGAAUGUUUCGAAGUGUUAGAGAAAAUACUGCCUCAUGCAAUAGAAAUUCUGCAUACUGAAGAUGUACGCGACACAGCAAGUCAUCACCACUUGAUAACUCAUUGA